CUUGGCCGAGCGUCCGAGGGUCGUGGGGGGAUGGGGUCUGCGAACUCCAGCCCUCGGCGGCGGCGGCGGCGGCCGUGAGUGUUGGGCGGGCGUCCGCAUUCCGGACGCGGGAUGGAGUGCCGCGGAUUUUGAUUUUUCUGAUUCUUAUGUGAAAGGAUGAUUGCUCAGAAACAGAAAAAGACAAAGAAAAAACGUGUUUUAUCAUCAGGCCAGCUCUCUUCCGAUGAUACAUCUUCUGAAAUGGGGCUCAAGUCUAUAAGUACCAAUUACGUUUUUGAUCCGGAGUACAUCAAGGAAUUGGUGAAUGAUAUCAGGAAGUUCUCCCAUAUGCUAUUAUAUUUGAAAGAAGCUAUUCUUUCAGACUGUUUUAAAGAAGUCAUUCAUAUACGCCUGGAUGAACUUCUCCGUGUUUUAAAGACUAUCAUGAAUAAACAUCAGAACCUCAAUUCUGUUGAUCUUCAAAAUGCAGCAGAAACUCUUACUGCAAAAGUGAAAGCUGUAAACUUCACAGAUGUUAAUGAAGAAAACAAAAACGACCUCUUCAGAGAAGUGUUUUCUUCCAUUGAAACCUUGGCCUUUACUUUUGGGCAUAUCCUGACAAACGUCCUUAUGGGAGAUAUAGGCAGUGAUUCAGUAUUUCAACUGUCUGUCUCUCAGGAAAGUAAGUCCUUUUUGAGAAUGUUUCCUUGUCUAUGCAAUGAGAACAGUGUCUGCAUCAGAGGGUGGAUGCGAAGGACGGUGACUUGA